UCCACUAGUCGAAUAUCCUAUAUAUAUAAAUAAACUGUAUCUCCACUGCAAAAGAAUGCUUGAAGGUUUCUCUGAGGAGAAUUUUCAAAAUUGCGUGAGAGAACUAAUUGAAUUAUCAGAUAAAUACCAAGAUGGUUGGCAAUUACAUCGAAAAGAAGGAACUAAUUCAAUUUAUAUAAGCAAAAAAUCUGUUACUAAUUUGAGGGCAACUGAUGGUGAAGUAUCUAAUAUUGUAGUCACUUUCGAAUAUCAUAUUGCAUAUCAUUCAAGUUAUGGUGUUCCAGUAUUAGCUUUCUACGUUUGGAAGCAAGAUGGGACUUCUCUUACUUUGGAAGAAUUCUGGAAAUAUAACUCUCAGUUCAAAAAUAACAACAUGUACGAUACUUUAACACAGCUUGAUCACCCAGUACUGCAGAAACCUAUUUUGACUCUACAUCCAUGUCGGACACAUGAAGUUAUUCAGCCAUUUAUUGAACAUAGUAAGAACCUAGUUAUUUCAUGGCUAUCCACUGUGGGGCAUUUUGUAUACUUGGAGUUAUUCCAAGAAUACCUGAAUCUUUGCUGAUCUCUUUAGGUUUAUGUUUAUGACAGCCCCACCUCAGAUUUUUUCAUUGAUUUCAAAUGUUGUCCUCACGAGAACUUGUCGGCUGCUUUUACAAACUUACUGCGAGAUGAAGAUGAGCAUACUCUGAGGAAGAAAAAUUAUGUUUUUUAACUCCUCAAGUAAUCAAAGCUUACUCAGAGUAAGUUUGUGAAAACAAGCAAGUUUUCAUUUAGUUUAUUGAGAGAGAUGUGUUUAAUUGAUUAAUUUUGGAUGAAGCGCCGAACUGUGAAAAUAUAACAGUACAAUUAUGUUUGAUAUCACAAAAAUAAAAAUAACAAAUAAGAACAGAGACAUUUAUUAAUAAAAUAAGUUUUCCCAUAAAUGCCAACAAGGAAAGUUUCAGUUUAUUUAGUAUAAAAUACAUCAAUUUUUGUUUCACUUUUACCAAUAAUAUAAAGAAAUUGAAAAAGUACAACAUAGUUUUUUCAGUCAUUUUUUGGAAAAGUGUCGAUCACAAACGCAAGAUCCCGAUCUUCAGGCUGUUAGAAUUUUUAACUUUGAGCAAAUUAAAUUUUAUUGUAGUUAUUCAGAUAUGAAAAAUAAAAUGAAGGUUCAAUUACUAAUUCUUUCUUCCUA